AUGGUUCAAGUCGUCGGCUCGGACAAUCUGAGCGAGACCAUAAGGGCCGUAGUGCGCGAAAAAAUUCAUCGAAUCUUCCCGUCGUGCCAGCCUCAAGCUGCCUCGAUCACACACAUCAUCCGGCAGCGAAUCCAGCAGUCACUGGGCAUCCUCGAGUCGGCGCAGCCGCAGCUUACGGAGAAACGUGCAACGCGUCGCAAGCGGCUACUCGUCGCAUGUCUCAGCUCGCUGCGGCAGCUAAUUUCAUGCUGCUGUAAUAUGCAGGUGCCACAUUUCAAGGAGGUUGUGAUCAUGGCAACUACGUGUGACCGUUGCGGCCACCGGACCAACGAGGUGAAGAGUGGUGCAGGCAUAGAGGCGCAGGGGGUGCGAAUUGAGCUGCGUGUUCUGGAGCCUGCGGACUUGGCGCGGGAUUUGCUGAAGUCUGAGACGUGCACUGUGCAUGUGCCCGAGCUGGAGCUGGAGGCUGGUGCAGGCCUCCUGUCAGGUCGCUUCACCACAGUCGAGGGCUUACUGGACAGCAUGCGCCAACAACUGGCACAGGAGAACCCCUUCUUCCAGGGUGACUCGGCUACAGGGUCGGGCCGGCUGCGCAUGGGAGCUGUGGUGGACAAGCUGGCACAGGCAGCUGCUGGGAAGCUACCGGUCACACUGGUGUUGGAUGACCCCUGUGGCAACAGCUAUGUGCAGAAUCUGUGUGCCCCAGAGCCAGACCCAGCCCUGAAGGUCACACGAUACGAGCGCACUUUCGAGCAAAAUGAGCUGCUUGGGCUGAACGACAUGCGGACUGAGAACUAUUCGUGACCUGCAUGGAAAAAAUAGCACAACCAUGUGCUUGC